AUGGCAAGCUCGAAUGACCCUGCUACGGCCACACUGGCCGCCGAGCAGGAAAAGGGCCAUGACGCAGACAGAGAGAUGAAAGCAUCCUCGUCCUCCCUUGACGGAAGUACGGAUUAUUCAACGGGCAUGGAAGGGCACAGGAUACAUGCGAGUAGCGAGAAGGUCGCCAUGGAAGCCACUCCAGAGUCAGGCUCUCUGCCCCGUCCGUCGAUAGAGGAGAAGCGGGAAACCCAGCAAGAUGAACAGGAAAACCAGCAUCGAGAUAAAGAGGUUCCAGCCGGCGAUAAUGAGGCCAAGAUGUCCAAGAGCAAGGUUGCUAUCAUCAUGGUCGCUCUCUGCCUGGCCACCCUUCUUGCGGCGCUUGAUAUAACGAUCGUGACCACCGCCCUGCCCACCAUAGCGAGAGAAUUCAAUACCUCACAAGCAGAUUAUGCUUGGGUUGGAUCCGCAUAUCUGCUCGGUGCAGCUUCAUCGACUCCGUCAUGGGGGAAAAUUAGCGACAUAUUCGGCCGCAAGCCGAUUCUGUUAACUGCAAAUGUUGUCUUCUUGGUCGGCUCGCUCCUCUGCGGAGUGAGUGUCAAUAUCAAAAUGCUAGUUGGGAGCCGUGUAAUUCAAGGAAUAGGAGGUGGUGGCCUUCUUACUCUUGUGAAUAUCUGCGUUAGCGAUCUAUUCAGCAUGAGGACUCGAAGUAUGUACUUCGGUAUCAUCGGAAUAGUUUGGGCGAUUGCUGGCAUAAUUGGACCUGUCAUUGGGGGUCUAAUGACACAAUAUACCACCUGGCGAUGGUGCUUCUAUAUCAACCUUCCCAUCGACGGGGUUGCGUUUUUAAUUAUAUUCUUCUUCCUCGAGCUGCACACGCCGACAACUCCACUAUUAGCUGGUCUCCGUGCCAUUGACUGGCUCGGUUCCCUCGCUGUCGUUGGUGGAACUGUGAUGUUCCUUAUCGGCCUCGAAUAUGGCGGCGAAACUUAUCCCUGGUCAUCUCCCACGGUCAUUUGUCUGAUUGUUUUCGGGAUCCUGACGUGGGGAAUCUUCGUUAUUAUUCAAUGGAAAGUCUCCCGCUUCCCUGUGAUGCCUGUGUGGCUUUUCACCCAGCGGUCCACCCUCGCUGCCUAUGGAACCGUCCUCAUCCAUGGUGCCAUAUACACCUGUGGAAGCUUUUUCCUCCCACUAUACUUUCAGGCGGUUCUGGGAGAGACGCCAUUAAAGUCUGGGAUACUCCUCUUUCCUAACGUGAUCGCCGUCUCCAUCGUCUCCGCGGUCACCGGUGUUUUCAUUCGCAAGACUGGUCUUUGCCUUCCGCCGAUUUGGUUUGGCACGACCAUGCUUGUCAUUGGUACCGGACUAUAUAUCAACCUGCCAUCUCAUAGGUCGUUGGUGAAGAUUAUUCUCUUCCAAUUGGUCGCGGGAAUGGGCAUCGGCCCUAACUUCCAGGCCCCUAUCAUCGCUGUCCAAAGCCAUAUAAAACCCAGUGAUAUCGCCACCGCAACCGCCGCCAUAGCUUUCUGCAGAAACCUUUCGAGUAGUAUAUCUGUGGUAAUUGGGGGUGUCAUUAUCCAAAACCGCCUCCAGGCAAACAUACAAGAGAUCCAGCACCUCUUGAGCCCAGAGACAUUGGAGUCGUUGCGCGGUGUUUCGGCAGGUGCCUCAGUUCACAUCAUCCAGGCUCUUUCAGAAAAAGAGAAACAGCCAGUUCUCGAUGCAUAUACAAAAAGCUUCAGUACCAUGUGGAUAUUCUAUACCGCCCUCGCCGCCAUUGGGUUCUUUGUUAGCUUGCUGCUGCAAAAACAGAAACUUAAAAAGGAACAUGAAAUCACCAAAACUGGACUUGACGUUCAGGAACGAGAGCGAAAGGAAAGAUUGCAGAGAGAAAAAGAGGCGAAGAGUAGUAGAAAUAAGGCGGCAUGA